UCGGCAUUGUGGAUAUUGAAUCAACAGAGUGCAAAAUGGCGCAAAAGUUACAUUAUUUCGAUUUAAAUGUGUACGCCGAAGCCAUCCGGUACAUGUUGUACUAUUCCGGCGACAAGUUUGAAGACGUCCGGCAUGACAGACAUCAAUGGCCAAUACAAGACGUCAAAGACAAAUUGCCUUAUGGCAAGAUGCCAUUUUACGAAGAAGGAAAUCGUAGCGUGGACCAGUCUCUAGCAAUCGCCCGUUACGUGGCUAACAAGUACAAUCUUCUCCCGUCCAACCCUUGGGACCAGGCUGUUUUAGACGCUGUCGUUUUACACAUUUAUGAUUUCUUCAGUAAGGCCUACGUUUGGUAUAAAGAGCCAGAUCCGGCUAGAAAGGAUGCUAUGAAGAAAGACAUCAUGGAAGUUCAAAUUGAUUUCUACUUCUCCAAAUUUGAUAAGGAGUUGAAGAAGAAUAAAGGUCACUUUGGUGGCAGGCUCUACUGGGCCGACUUCAUCCUUGUUGGCAUUGUGGAAGUAUCAAAUCUUGCCCUUGGAAUUGAAAUCGAGAAGAAAUACCCAGCUGUGCAAGUCGCGCCUUGUCGUCCUAGCGUUACUGAGUAGGUACAAUGCCCCGAAACGCGACCUUUGAAUAAUGUAGAUAGAUAAAUUAAAUUGUAUUGUUUUUUCUUCUAUCUUCUUCUUCUUGUCCUCUUGUCAGCCAACCAUCACUGUUCGGCGUCCUAACUUUGAUUUCCUGAUACGACACGACAAUAACGUCUUUCCAUGAUCAAAAUAGCUUCAUAUCGGUCCUUUCUUUCCUUCGAUCUUCCCUUCUAUGAUGCUUCUAAGAAAACUGUCGUAAAGUAUCAGGUGCCCCAACUUAUUUCCCCUUCGGUUCACUAUUGUUUUCAAUAAGCUUCUCUUGUCCUGCACUAUUUUCAACACCUCAUUGGUUUCUUUUUUCCGUCCAACUGAUUCUUCUAUAUUAGGAAUAUAAUUAGCAUAUUUAUAUUACAUUACUGUAUUUAUAUAAACGAAAUGUUAAUACC